AUGUGGCUCUUUGAUUGGUUUCAAGAUGUUUUAGCAUCAUUAGGAUUAUGGAAUAAACAUGCAAAAUUAUUAUUCUUAGGUUUAGAUAAUGCUGGUAAAACUACUUUAUUACAUAUGUUAAAGAAUGAUAGAUUAGCAACAUUACAACCAACUUUACAUCCUACUUCAGAAGAAUUAGCUAUUGGUUCUGUAAGAUUCACUACUUUCGAUUUAGGUGGACAUCAACAAGCUAGAAGAUUAUGGAAAGAUUAUUUCCCUGAAGUUAAUGGUAUUGUCUUUUUAGUUGAUGCUGCUGAUCCAGAAAGAUUUGCUGAAAGUAAAGCAGAAUUAGAAUCUUUAUUUAAAAUAGAAGAAUUAAGUCAUGUUCCUUUUGUCAUUUUAGGUAAUAAGAUUGAUGUCCCAACUGCUGCUAAUGAAAUGGAUUUGAAAAAUGCCCUUGGCUUAUAUAAUACAACUGGUAAAGAAACUGGUAAAUUACCUGAAGGUCAAAGACCAAUUGAAGUAUUUAUGGUUUCUGUUGUCAUGAGAUCUGGUUAUGGUGAUGCCUUUAAAUGGUUAUCUCAAUAUAUUUAG